CAUCGCGGCAGUAGUGACGCUCUGUUUAUGGACGGGCCCAUCAAAGAAUGUUCGCAUUUUCCACUUUGCGGUGUUCGCCUCGUUCCAUAAUUCACUGCUUUGCUAACAUGGAAUAAUAUUUAGUGAGAGGUUUUCCGCGUGGAUCGAGGGAGUGAAAGGAGUGGAGAAGCAUCCGAGGGAAAGUAACACACAGCUCAGGUUUGCCUCGCUUUUUUUAUCUCGCUCGAUCUUUCCUUAAAAUUUUAUCUACGCGCGAAGACGUUCAUGCGGUGCUCCACGGAAAUAAGUGUUGCGAGGAGAUCUGUAAGCGAGAGAGAGGAUAAAGAAACCCAGGAAAAAAGGAUGAAAGCGAAAGAGAACUCCGCAGGAAAGUUACACGAGGAAAAGAACUUGCGACAAAAAGUCUUGGGUACGCUGCUGCUCCAUCCACUUACGUUUUUCCUCCUUUUGUGAUCAGGAAUAAAGAUACUGACGCUUUCUUCUUGAGGCACUACGAGUGUAUCGACUGGAAUACUUUCCGCAUCGCAGGCUGUAAACGAGAAAAAGUUUUCGCGUCUGGAAGAACGAGCAGGUCAGAUCACAAUGGACAUUGAAUUGAGUCGCCUCCGAGUUUAUCCGAGAGGAUCGGAGGAGCUUCCUGUCGGAAGGAAAGUGAUAGAUACGAAAAAAGUGAAGGGGCCUGAUUCGCAGCUGUACACGUCGAUAUGCCCGAUGGUUUAUGCGAUAAGAGUGUUCGGUCUCGCGCCUUACGAGUUCCACAACGAUAUGCUUGUACCGUCGAACAUAAAUUGCAUUUUUUCCUACGUGUGUGCUUGCAUCUACACGUACAUAAUAUAUACGAUCCUGGCGCGUUUCACAGGGAUAACGCGAGAGCAGCCGCUUCUCGAUUACACCGAAACUGGAAAGACGAUCUGCAACUACUGCAUGGCAAUGUGCAACAUCAUCGUGACGUUAUUCUCGAGAGAAAAAUUCGCAAAGGUCUGGAACACGAUCCAGGACUACGACGAGACCGUGAAAAACUUUGGCUACACAAGGAACGAGAACAGAGCAUUUUUAUGGUCGUGGAUCAUACUGAUCGGCAGUGUUAUCUUAUGGAGCACCAUAAGCCUGUCUGGUAUCGAUGCAUUCGCACAGCCUUGGACUGAAAACGUCGCUUACAUGAGCAUUUACGCUGGUACUUCACUCUCGGUAAUAAAGUUCUCCGGGAUCACGAUGCUGCUCGGUCAACGCUUCAAGCAUCUCAAUGAAAUCGCUAAAAAAAGCAACCCUGCUGGAACUCGACGGUGGCUGGGUAAUCCCGUGGUUGCUACGAAGGACGUCGAGCAACUUCACAACACUCUGAUGAACGCGAGCGAAUCCUUAAACACCCUGUACUCGGGCUCGCUCCUACUCUGGCUGGGAACCCUCACUUACUACGUCAUCAGCGCAAUUUUCUUCCUGCUUCAACGAGCGCUGUACUUCAAAUGGGAGCAUUUCACUUGGGAACACGCGGAAAGGAAAAUAUUGACUUGUCUGAUAUUGUGGACGUUGGCCUACCUCGCUCAGAUAAUUUUCCUCCUCUACGCCUGCCAUUUCACAUCUGAUGAGGCAAAUAGCACCGCUUAUAUUUUGAUGGCCUGGAAACGGUGGUUCAACACUUCAGGGUUCUCACGAGGUCGAUACGAGCGUGUGGAAACGUCGAUGCACCUGAUGAAUCGAAGACUAAACUUCGCUGCCGGAGGCUGUUUCUACGUGAAUUUACCGCUGUUGAGAUCGAUCACAACUCUGCUGGCAACGUAUUUGGUGAUACUCCUCCAAUUCCCAGAUUGAGCCACGAGCCCGAUAAAAGAGAGUUUGAAAUAAAUAUUUGUACACAAAAUUUUCAGGUCACUCAAUAAAUCGUGAAAAAUUGACGAAUGAAACGGAGGAACGUUGAUAAAUAUUUCACUGCUAUUUUUUCAUAAUUAUUUCGCUUUCACAAUAUUUUUCAAAAAAAAAAACAAAAUUUCGUUGUAUUCAAUUAAAAUCUUGCAAAUUCGCUUUGUCCUUGAGGAAGUAAAUUAUCGGAUCGCGAUGAUGGAACUUUUGCGCUAUCAAAGGGAACACGAGUUUCUUCAGUAUCCAAAUGAGUGAUUAUGAUAAACACGUAAAUAUAUAUGCCCUGUAGCGUUCCCUCAUGAUCCCACGUAAUUCCUUCCUGAUUGGUAUUGCGCUCUGCAUGGUCUCCAGGUUUAACGGCAAGGUAAUAUAGUUCGGAGUGAAAGGGAGUGAGGGCUGCGCGUGCACGAGACGUCUAGGAUCAAGACUGGAUUUACGAUCUUUGUGGAGAUGAAGGAGAAAAAGCUGCAACGACCCAGAGAGAUACGGAGAAUUUCGCUUCAACUCGUGGCGGCUCUACGCGUUUUCAAAUUAAUCUGAAAAAUACACGUGCAUAA